CACGUCUCUUAGUCUUCGAAGAGAAAGCUUGAGGGAUUCUGCAGCCAUGACGUCCCUGGCAAGGCAACUGGAGCGACUAGCCAUCCCCGGCCAGCCGUCCCUGCGACAGCUCGUCUCCAAGAAGCGUCCCUCCCUCCUCUUCGACCGGAGAGAAGCGGCGGACAUGGACGCCGACACGUUCUUUUCCCUGGGUCGCAACGGCCUGGAAGAGCUCAUUGGCAUCGACCACACCUUCUCCCAGUUUGAGGACUCCCUCUUCACGGAGAGCUCCAAGGAGUUCGAGCGUAGCGUCCAGACUCCUGACGUUUUGGUCGAGCUGGACCGAAAUCUGUCCGUCUUCCUCCGUCGAAUCUCGCCGUACCUGCUCUUGAAGCCGGCCCAGAAGUGCUUGGAGUGGCUCGUGCACGCCUACCGCGUCCACUCGUGCAACGUGGACGCCGUGGUCGAGUGCGUUCUGCCGUACUACGAGACGAAGCUGUUCGCGCGCGUCGUACAACUUCUCCCGCUAAAGUCUCCGUCGUCCCGUUGGCACUGGCUCAGGCCGCUCCAGAAGGCCGGUUCCCCGCUCUCCAGGCUCUCCCUAGUCCAACACUGUCUCUCAGACCUGUCCUUCCUCGUUUUCGUCUGCGAGAUGGUCCCCCGCGCUGUCGCCGUUCACAAACGCUCGCCUCCCGGCUCCUCGCGCAGUGUUUUGGCGUUAUACUGUUCCACUGUCAUUACAGUACUAGAAUCAGAGGGGGGCACCGAUGAAGAGGUGGUUGGUCGGUUGCUCCCGUAUCUUCUGAAGGGGUUGAAGUCGCGAGUUGUAGAGUAUCGCGCUGCGUCCUACAUGAUAGCUGGUCAGCUGGUGUCCAAAGCAAGUCUCGAACGUAGAGUCUCUACUGCGCUCUUGGAUGCCAUCACCAAGCAUUUGGAGUCUGAUUUGAGCAGUGAGGCGCUGUGCUGUGCUGCUGUCGUCUGCCACACUCAGAACAUCACCAAACUCUCCAGCAAGACUGUGCGGAAUCUGCUGCAAGUGUGUGGCCUUCCCUCCCUCCUCUUCUCCAUCUCCUCCUCACACGACGUCUCCCCUCUCCUCAAACUGCUCCUCUCGGCUCUAAUUAGUGCACACUUUGGUAACCACGCUGAUGAGGUUGCCUUGGAGAUAAUACUGACCGCAUUGGACGAGGUACCACUUGAUGAGGAGGUGGUCCUGUCGUUAAUACGUGAAUUACUUCACCACUUUGUAAGUGAGUGUGUGGAGAAAUCGUUAACGAAAGAGGAGGUGGAAGAGGGCGAGGGAAGAGGAGAGGAAAAAAUGGAGUCACUGAAGAGUUCAAUGGUCACUCUGGCGCAGUCACUGGACGCCAAAUAUCCUCAGCUGAUGGACAAGGCACUUCGAAAUGCUGUAGUGGAAAUGGCUGCAGCUUGGAAGAAGAGUGGCAUGAAAGAAGAAGGAACUGAUGACGAGGAGGAGGAGGAGGAAGGAGAGGGAGAGGAAGGGAAGAGUGAAGGGCUAAAAUGGAUCCAUGAAUUUAAGGGUGGCUUGCAAGACAGGGAGUUUGCAAGCUCUUGUCUGGUGUCUCGUCUCCAUGACGAUGAGCCAGCAGUAGUGGCGGCUGUCCUAGACCUGGGAGGAAAGGUGUUGACUCGCUAUGUUUCAACUGAGUUCCUCCUUCCGCCUCUCUUCUCCAUCCUCACUCGUCACAACCUCCCACUGUCACCAACACCCUGGCAAGACAUCGCCACCUCUGCCCUCUCUCUCCUCACUUCCGCACCUCUCUCCAAGACGCUCCUCCCGGAACAACUCGACGAUGUCGUAAUUACGUCGCUCCCGCUGUUGUUUGUUCGUCGCCGUGGCAAUAGGCUUGCUGGAGGUGUGGCCAGUGUCCUGUCGGAAGCAGAUCAUGUGCUAGUGAAUUGUCUUAGAGAACUGAUGGAGGACGAUGACUGGAGGUCAGGGUGCAACAGUGGGUCAGAGAAAGACAGUGUGGCCCUGGCAGCUGCAAACUCUGCCCUCAUCAGACAUCUCGGCUCCGUCCUCGCCCUGCUCCAGCCCUCCGUCAGGAACCAGCUGGUGAAGAAGCUACUCAGCAAGGCCACUGAUAGCUCACCAGACGACCCCGCCCAUUUUGUGUUUAUCGGAAUGCUGGGUGUGUGCCAUGGAGACAGACUCCACCCACUGUACGUACUGGUUGCGACCAGCCCUGUCACUGCUGCACCCAUUCCUUCUCUUGUUGAUAUUAUUCGUCCUGUUGUUAGAAAGAACCUCCGGUCACAUCAGGCACAUUACCUGAUGUUACUAUGGCUACUGGACACCCUAGUAACCCACCUACCGACAGUCGAGGUCUCAACAGAAAUGUGGCUGGGGGUCCCUGGAGACAGUGAGGGUGACGACGCUAACGAACAGUGGCUGUACCACUCUGCCCUUCUCUCUCUCUUCUCCCUCCUCACCUCUCACACCCUCCACGACGUGGCUCCCAGGCCGUCUCAGGAUCUCUUUCACGAAUUACUAAAAGUUUGUCCACCUCUCCAACAGAGGCCACCUACUGAGGUUUCUUGCCAUGAUGUGGAGACGGCCCCCAUCGCCCUCGACGACCCCCCGCCCCCCGGCUGCAUCUCCGUAGCAACACAGGCCUCUAGUCUCGCCGUGUUCUCGUCGUACCUCAAUCGUGCCAUCUCUCCUCAUCCCACUCACCAGUCCCUUCCAACCCAUCCGCCAACAGACGCUCGUCUGUCUCUCCCUCCUCCAGUCAAAACGUCAUCAGCCCGUCUCAGCGCUCCCACACCCCGCAGCAAAGCCUACAAAAUCGACACAUCCCCACCCUCUACAAAAACGUCCUACGACAUUCUUGUCGACUCUGAACUCUCCCUGACCUCCGACCCCUCCUUCCUGCCUCAUCUCCUUGGGCAGCUCUCAGCAACGGAGCCGGCCCCGGGGAGACAUCAGACGUCGAGGAAGGAGCUGGAGCUAAGAGAUAGGAAUGCAGUUCUGGACGGGCUCCUGGGAGGGAUUCUCACCCACGUGGUUGAGCUGUCCCCUCCUCCUCAUGUGCAGGCCUCUCUGCUCAGGAUUCUACUGAAGGUGUCGGCCACUCAGCCUCUCCUGAAGAAACUGCUGGAAAAAUGCUCUGCUCACUCCAAAUCCUCUCCCAAUGAAGCGGAGACCCUACUGGUUCCCCACGAAGUGGAGACACUGCGGCUGUGUCUGGCUUGCCUCACUCCCCAUGUGGCCAACCGUUUCCUGGAAACCUUCCUCGAAUCCUCCGACACACACCUCUCGUUCCAGCUGCUUCUGAGAGCCCUCGGUCUGACAACUCCCCUCUCUCCCUCCCUCCCUUCUCCUUUGGAGAUGGCACUGCAUCAGUUGGAGUUGAGUGCAGAGCUAGUGGCGGAGGUGGUGACGGGACUCAGCAGACACCUCGGAGGAGAGGACCCUCCUCCCACUCCCACCAGGAAGAAACAGAGGCACACAAAGGAGGUCGAACUGGCCGGGAAGUCAUCAUCGGCUAACGAACAGGGUCCUCCCCGUGGAUGGAGGGGAGUCACUGUUCUUCUGGAGUUGCUGCAGGACAGCUGCUCUUCUUCAGUCACCGACUCUCACCUCCUCACCCCUCACUACUUUGCCCUCCUCAGCAGGUGUCUGCAAGCCGAGGAGGGUGAGAGGCUCCAAUUAGAGUACACCCAGCAGCUGCUACUGGGAGGACUUCUCUCCAUCUGUCGGCACCUCACCAGUCUAGGCAUCGAGGAGGCAAGAGCCCUGAUGCCAGAGAGUGUGUUCAACAUGGAGCUGGUGGUACAGUGUGUGCGGCUCUCCUCCAACCCACUCACCCAUCACCACUCUCUCCUCCUCCUCUCCUCUGCCGCAGCUCUAUACCCUAGCCGAGUGCUGCACAACAUAAUGCCAGUGUUCACGUUCAUGGGAUCCAGUCUCCUGCGAAGUGACGACCGGUACAGUUUCCAGGUCAUCACACAGACCCUCGACUCCGUCAUCCCUGUCCUCAUCCAGUCAUGGUCUUCAGUCCUCUCUUCUCUCGCCAGCACUCCUCGUACCACCACCCCUCGCUCCACCUCACAUCACAAGCCCCGCCCCCAAACCCCACCCACCAGCACCGAGGAGGUCGUCACGGAGAUCGUCCGAGUGUUUGUGGAUGCCAUUCCCCACGUCCCGGAUCACCGGCGACUGCCGCUUCUCUCUCACCUCCUCCUGAGAGUUGGCCCCGCCCAAUUCUUGUCCGUGGCCCUCGGACUCCUCCUCACUAAACAUGUGGAGCAGUUGAGGGUUAAAGAGCAGACUCCGAAAGAAGCGGUGCUGUCUGGGAGUUUCGCAGUGUCGGUGGCUCAGUUGUUUUGUGGUGAGCUUCAGUUGGCGGCGGUGGACCGACUACUCUCCUACACCACCUCUCUACCGGUGGUGAAAGCUCAUUCUAUCAGUGCCGCGAGACAGCUGUCAGCCGAUGUCAACAGGAUCUUCAACGUGGCGACUCACUCCCAGAAACAGCUGCAGCAGUUCAAGUGCUCCUCCUUCUCCCUCAUGUCCUCCGUCCUCUCUCACAGAAGACUGUCGGAGCAGGUUACGUGUGUUGCUGAAGACUCCAUGGAAGCAGUGGCAACAAGCAUACACAGUAUACUCCAAGGUUCCCUUGACUACGAGACGGUGGUCGCUCAUCACAAGCCAAGUCCCCAGUCCAAGAACUCGUCCAUGAAACUCCACCUCUCUCUCGUUAACAAGAUCGGCGACGUCGUUGGUCACGUGACUGCCCUUCUAACCCCCGGGUCACUGGUUGCCGUGGUGAUGCAUCUCCUGGGUGUGGCCGGAGAUGAAGUGAAGACUAAGGCUCUCAAGAUCGUCGCAAGGAAACUUGAAGAGGGAAAGUCGUAUUUUGCUUCAGACCAGGAUGAGUGUCUGGUGCAAUUGCUGGGUGCAGUGGUGGGUGUGGCCAAGAGUGACUCCUCCCACUUGCUGACUCGGCACUCUGCUGUCUACUGCGUGAAGCUGUUGGCAAGGAGACUCGCUCACAACAAUCACCACUCACAUCUCACACAGGCGCUGCAAGAAAUGCUCUCCCUCCUCUCCAAUUCUGACGGUCUCUCCUCUGAAUUUACCGGCAGCUGCCUGUUGGCAGUUGCCGAGUUAUCCUCGUCCCUUGGUCCCCACCUCAUCCCAUACUUGCCCCCCUCGUUACCCCCGGUGAUGAACAGACUGACAGAGGGCGUUGGUGUCAUGGUGCAGACUGCUGCCGUGGCAACCCUAGGGGUCAUAGUUCAAACACUGCCGAAGUUUCUCAGUUCCUUCGCUGCUACCAUUGUUCAGAAGCUGUGCUGGUUGGAAAGGAGUGAGAGAGGAGGGGAAGGAAAGGAGAGAGCUCAGCUGGCUAAAGAGGCCGCUCUAACAAGGGAGAGAGUUGCGAAUUUGGUGCCAGCCCGGACGCUUGUGCCAGUGUAUGCUAAAGUGUAUCACCUCGUUUGCCCUCUUGGAAAGGGACCUCUGCUAGCUCUACUGGAGAUGGUGAAGCUAACUGUGUCCUCACUGGCCCAGGAAGAUGCCCGCAGUCUCUCCUCCCUCCUGGGAGACCUCUUUAUGCUCUGUCUCAACCACCGAGCACAGCAAAAACAGCUGUCUGAGGUGUCAAUGGAAGAUUUGGAUGAAGUCGAGGGGAAAUGUGUAGAGGCCUUCACACGGCUGGUGGUCCACCUCUCAGAGUCUGUCUUCAGACCCAUGUUCCUCAAGGUAGACCAUGUGUACUCCCACGGCUGUUUCAGACCCAUGUUCCUCAAGAUCAGUAAUCAGGUGGGAGGAGGGCCAGUGUUCCAGAGACGUGUGGAGAAACUGCUGUGUCCCUGUGUGGCCCAGUUGGCCGUGGCCGCCGGUCGCGAGGAUCUCUGGAAAGCACUCAACUAUCAACUACUCCUCAAGACCAGGCACAAGAAAGCAGAGGUUCGCUAUGCAGUGGUGGUGGUGCUGAAGGAGGUCUACAGCAGACUGGGCAACGAGUUCAUGACCCUAUUACCUGAGACCAUUCCCUUCCUGGCCGAAUUACUUGAAGAUGAGAGUGAAGAGGUGGAGCAGGAAACUCGCUCACUCAUCUCCACAAUAGAGACCCAUGUUGGAGAAUCCAUUCAGCAGUACUUCACCUGA